CCUAUAUUUUUUAUGUAUUGUAUCUAUGUAUUUUCAAUUUUAUUAUGAAUAAAACUGUUUUGAUACUUGCAGGUCUAGUAGGUCGUACUAUAAGGUCUUGCUAUACGCAUAUCUUGGCCAUAGCCAUGCAUCUGACCCCAAAAUAACUCAAUACCAACGCCACUAUACGACAUAAAGCCUAAUUAUGAAUUAAUCCACUAAUUUAAUUUGUCUAUGAAAGCCAGUAUUUAAGUAGGCUAAACAUGUGUAGUGGCAAUAGUAGGCUUAGACUGCCUGUAAAAAUAACAGCCUAAACCAGAAAGGUAGAAUAUGGGUGAGAAAUCAGCAGGCCCAUUAUAGGCCAAUAGGACAGGCCUAUUCAUAGAAAUGGACCUAAUAAAGGAGGGGUCAGAAGUCUGGACAAUGAGCAUCUGUGAGAUAGAUAGCUCGUCGUUAAACGAUUAAGACUCUAACUACCAGGAUGCAUCAGAACAAAACAAAUCCUCUCCCCUCUGCUCUGGGUAGAGAUUGCCCAAAAUAUGAUAGGAUCAGUUUAUCCUCCCCAAAUCAUAACCUCAAUUAUUACUGGGUCACGCGUAAAACUGACUCUAGAUCAGUGUCUAGGGGUAGACGUUAUCCGAGUCCCCCUCCCCUCGCGUCUCGCUCACGGCUGUGGGCUGUGCGCUGCAGGGGGGCGGGAGGCGAGGAGAGCGAAGCGGCAGAAGGCUCAUUGUGUGUCGGUUAGAAAGUGGGGGUCGUUGCGGGGGGGAGAAAGCGUGCGUGGAGGCUGAACUCUCGCUUUUGUCGCCUGUGGAGGAGGGGGCGGAUUAAGUAGCCAGCUCGCUCACACACACCAGGGACGCCCGGUUCGUUUAUCAGCAUCAUCAUCAUACCCAUUACCGAGGAUACACAGUGAACCGGGAAGGGAUGCAAAUUUAGCGCGAGACGGACAGUGGGACUUCGGUCUCAGCUGGAUUCGGAUAAAUGGUGCGUGCGCCGUUCCGUCGUCGGCGAUGAGAAGAAAGGAGGACAAAAGAUGAACGGAUGGAGGAUAGACACGGCCCCCCGGUAGACACGCGCCUUCGGUUUACCGCAUCUCUCUGAUCUCGUGCCGCCGUGCGUGAGUCUGUCGGUCGGUCGUUCAGACUGUGUCUCACUAGGGAGAAAAACCCGAACAGUAUUCCCGAAUUACAGGAGGCGUUGCCUGUAUCUGACUGACUGCAGAGAGACUAUUGUCUGUGUGUGAUUUGACGUUUAGGGGUGUGAUUGUAUGUGAGCGGGUGUGCUUGUGUGUGUGGUGACUGUGAAAGGUGUGUUUGUCUGAUUUGAUGGCGAGGGGUGUGUGAGGGUGUGUGAGUUGCUGGUGUAAGGGUGUGUGUGGGUUGACAGUACAGGUGUGUGUGUGAGCCAUGGGGAACACAGAGAGUAUGGAGUCUCAGCUAGCUGUCAUCAGGGCCAGGGCUGCUCCUGUCAAGCUGCCCAUGCCUGAUCCUGCUGAGCUGGAAGAGAGGUUCUCCAUUGCACUGAACUCUAUGAACCUGCCUCCUGAUAAGGUGCGUCUGCUCCGUUGCUACGACAACGAGAAGAAGUGGGAGCUGAUAUGUGAUCAGGAACGGUUCCAGGUGAAGAACCCUCCUCACACCUACAUUCAGAAGCUGAGAGGAUUCCUUGACCCGGCCGUCACACGCAAGAAAUUCCGUCGGAGAGUCCAGGAGUCGACUCAGGUGCUCAGAGAACUGGAGAUCUCACUACGGACCAAUCACAUCGGGUGGGUGAGGGAGUUUCUCAACGAGGAGAAUCAGGGCCUAGAUGUUCUAGUAGAGUACCUCUCCUUCGCUCAGUACGCGGUCACGUUUGAUGGGGAGGUAUCGGAGGCCAGUACUGAAGAGAGAGCUGUAGAUUCCCCUGGAGUCGAGACACUGAAGAACUCCCGCCUGGUGUGUAAGAAGGACGACGUUCACGUGUGUGUGAUGUGUCUCAGAGCCAUUAUGAACUACCAGUAUGGCUUUAACAUGGUAAUGUCCCAUCCUCAUGCUGUGAAUGAGAUCGCUCUGAGCCUCAACAACAGAAACCCAAGGACUAAGGCUCUGGUAUUGGAGCUGCUGGCUGCUGUGUUGGUCAGAGGAGGUCAUGAGAUAAUCCUGUCUGCUUUCGACAACUUUAAAACAGUGUGCUCAGAGACCCUGAGGUUUGAGAAGCUGAUGGAACAUUUUAAGAAUGAGGAUGACAACAUUGACUUCAUGGUGGCCUGUAUGCAGUUCAUAAACAUUGUGGUACAUUCUGUUGAGGACAUGAACUUCAGAGUGCAUCUUCAGUAUGACUUCACCAAACUCAAUCUGGACGAUUACCUAGAAAGGUUGAAGCACACAGAGAGUGAUCGGCUGCAGGUGCAGAUCCAGGCCUACCUGGACAACGUGUUUGACGUGGGGACGCUGCUGGAGGACGCAGAGACCAAGACCGCCGCACUGGAGAGGGUAGAGGAGCUGGAGGAGAAUAUGACCCACAUGACAGAGAGGCUCCUGGACACAGAAAACGAGGCCAUGGCCAAGAUAGUAGAGCUGGAGAAACAGCUGAUGCAAACCAACAAGGAGCUGGACACCAUACGGGAUGUGUAUGCUAGUGCUAACAACCAGGUGCCCACCUGGAGGAUCGUGCGUGAGAAGGACCAGACCAUCCGCAGGCAAAGUCGACUGGAGCGCCAUGCUCAGGAGGGUGGAGGGGGCACCUUGGUGGUGCAGGGAGGGGGCACCUUACAACCCGCGAGGGGCGAGGGGGACGGAGGGGUGGGUGACUUGUCCUCCACCUCUCUGACCCUGGGCAUGACCCUCCCCCAGUCCGGAGACAGUGGGCUAUGGCUUGUCAGGGGCGGGACUAGGGAUGAUGCCAGCCCCUCCCCCUCCCCCACCACCUCCACCAAUGCCAGGGAUGCCAGGGAACAAAAUGCAAUGGAACGCAGCUACCUCUCACAGUGUCAAACGGGCUACCCUGCUCCUACUCCUCCUCCUCCUCCCCCACCUCCCCCUCCUCCCCCCUUAUGUUCCAUGGAGUCCUCCGGUCCUCUGCCUCCCCCUCCUCCCCCAUGCGCCCCUCCACUCCCCGGCUGUGGUGGAUCACCCACUGUCAUCUUUAACUCCGGCCUGGCAGAGGGGUCACUCAAGCUGUUCUCUGUGAAGAUUAAGAAGCCUAUCCAGACUAAGUUCCGCAUGCCAGUGUUUAACUGGGUGGCCAAACCAAGUCAGAUCAACGGAACUGUCUUCAACGACAUGACGACGAGAAAGGAUUCUCCAG